AUGGAAGAGGGGGUCAUGUAUGCCGAUCUGCGCCUGCCCCCCCAACCAGCUCCUCAGCAGCCAGUGCGCCUGCCCUGGUGCUGGACAGCCCUCAGCCUGGCUCUCUUCUCCCUGCUGCUCCUGCUGGCACAAAUCGUCCUCAUCAGCUUGAGCUUCCACUAUUUAGUGCAACAGGCGAGCUGCACCCAUGGUCCCUGGAGCAUGGAGGAGAGCCCCAGCUGUGGGCAACAGACACUGCAAGGGAGAUGUCAGUUCUGCCCGGCUGGCUGGCUCUGGGAUGCGGGGCAGUGCUACUACUUCUCCUCUGCCAAAAAGAACUGGGAGCAGAGCAGAGAGGAUUGCUGCUCCAGAGGGGCACAGCUGGUUACUAUCCGAGCCAACACCACCCUGGCUUUCCUGGCACGCACGGCCAAUAAGGAGAUCUUCCACGUGGGGCUGAAGCGAGAUGGUUCCAGGUCUGACUGGAAGUGGCUGGAUGGCACUGCACUGAAGGGGCUCUUCCCCAUCCAGCACAUCACCAGCUCCUUCCUGGCCUGUGGCAGGGUGUCGGACUCGAGGCUGUUGGGUGGGCACUGCAAGGAAAACCUUGGAUGGAUCUGUGAGCAGAGCGCAGCCACCCUGCAGUGGCUCCGGUCCUCACCCCCUACCUUUCUCUGGCAAAACACCACCUACACCUGUGCGGGGCUCUAA